UCGCGUCUCAAGGUCACAUGACGCAUGCUUGCCCCUCAAAGUCAUUCAGGAUUUUAUAAAACGACCAUCACCAAAUGCUUUCUAGCCUUCAGUGUACUCGCUUCCCUCGUCCUGCGUAUGCCGUUCGCAAAGUAUCGGGAUUGGUUUGUCUACAAUCUGGAUGAUAUAUUUGAAAAUGGCUCCGUAAGCCUAAAGUUUUCCACUCAGUCAACUACCUUUCAGCUUUGGCGGUUGUUCCUUUGCAAACUGGCUUUUUUGAAUACCAAAGAUCUCAUCUGUGGCGGACUGCUACUCUAUUACUUUCGCAUCUUUGAGCGUCGCUAUGGUCCACGAAAAUUCCUGUUUCGUCAUAGUCCUACCUGUUUUAUUGUGCAACGACAACCACGGUCUGUGAACUGUCGCUGGCAGCGGCGCUUCGGAGAUGGCACUUUGAAUUUCACAUUCUCCCGUCAGGCCCGUACGUCGCUUCAUCCUUGGCGCCAUAAUCUGUUCUUUUCCCAUAGAUACAAUGUGAUUUUCCCCUUUUUUAUACCUUAUUUUCUCGAUAUCCCUUGGUUCCCUAUUGCCCAUGUCAUAGGCAUUCCGAUCACUGGAAAAUCCUUCCCCUAUCUAUUUGGACUACAGAUGGCUACCACUUCUCCUGAAUCCUUGUUUCUUUGUGUUUGUGGACUGUUUACGGGCCUACUGUACGAGAGGAAUCUGCUUUCCAUACAAUCCAGAUGGCUCUUUCCCGAACGUGUUGUACAAUUUGGCUCUCAGUUUAUAUGUCCACUUGUUGAAACACCUCCGCCGAAACACUUGAACAAACCGCUUGGGGCCACUUUGGAACUUCAACACCAGGCCGAAUUGGACCGGAGGGAGUUACAGUUUUUAGAAGCCAGGCGCGCUGUCAUACAGUCAUUUGCUUUGAACGCACAUAAUCGUUUGUAG